CCACCCCCCCCCAAACAGCCGCUUGCCGCACCUGCAUCCUUCCAAGGCUGUCAGCGUCGCCGCAUCAACCACCAUCACGGACCCUGCUGGAGGCCCUCUAUGGGUUUAUCAUCUGUAUCCACGUCAUCCAGGUUAUAUAGCGUCCAAACACCCCCGGGAGCGCGUUCCCCUCACCUACCACCGGCCCAUGGUGGUGCGGGAGUUGCGCCCUCAAAAUGGCCGCCUUUGUGCGAGUGUCGGGCCCCCCGAACGGCAACUUUUUGAUCGGAUAUCCUGGCAUAUCCGCGACUAUGCCACGCAUUGAAGGCAAAGUCGAGAUUAGACCAAGCGUCGGUAUCACAGCACCCGUCAACGUAUCCCUCGUUACCGUGUCGCUGCACCGUCGAGAAACAAUACAUCCUUCGGCGGACUCAGUCACAAAAAAGCGCCUCGCUCCUCCGAGGAAAGAAAUCACGGAUAUUGUCGGCAAAGAAAUGCUCCUGUUCCGCUGUCCAGCCGGUCGAGAAUACGAGGAGGUCAUAUCAAUGGACUUGCCGUUUGUUCUGUUCAUUCCGUUUGGACGAGGUGGAGCAGACGCAUCCCGACGAGUCCCUCCCGCCAGCUUGCAGCUUCCCAGUCGAACCGCGGAGACUUUCUAUGAAAUCGUGGUAAUGGUUCAACAAGGACACUCGGACCAGAGAAAGUACUCAUUUCCGGUUCCAAUUGCUCGGUACGAUACGCUCUCUACAUUUGGGAUGUAUAAUCGUCCAGAGUCUGCGGAGCAGGUAUCAGAUCACUUGGUCACCUUGGGUAUAUCUUUACCGCGGUGGUCCUACGGCCCACUCGACCCCGUCAGCGUUUACGUGAAACUGUCUCCCAACCCGGACUGGAUAAGCAAAGCGAGGAAAGUUACUAUAACCAAAAUCACCAUUGGAAUCGACGAAGAGAUUAUAUUCAAUCAUGAGGGCGAUGAGCCCCAGCGCAAAGUCAAAACAUUGACGAAACGAACGGAGCCUAUUGGGGUUAAGAUGCCGCCAACAGGCUUCUUGACGAAUAUGGGUCUAGUAUUCCCCGCGAAGGAUUUACGCGAUUCGGAGGGGAUUCUGCCUCGCGGUAAACCGGGAUUUCCAACAUAUGCUGUAAGCGGUUUCACCACUACGGCUAGCCUCUACAAGAUUGAAUAUUACCUUACGGUCAAGGCCCACCUCGCAUCUGCAAGAGAUAUUAUGAUUAGACAACCGAUUGUCGUUUGUCCUCUAGACCACGCAGGCUGCAAAGAAGAAAUGGAGGCCAUCGAACAAUCGGCUCGAGAAGCCGCCAAUAUUAAUCCCGAUAAUCCCAUGCUCCCUCUCCCCUCAAUAGUUCGCCCAACCGAUCCUAAUGCCCUUCGCCAUCUCGGAGUAGCCAUUGUUGGCAGUCAAAAGAAGCCCCUUAUUGACUGAGACAGUCAAGAGCUAGGCAAUAGACGCCUUUCGGGAUAUCACUUUCCCCCAGCUCCUUCACAGCCCGAGGCCCAGAGAAGGAGGUCUCUUCAUUCAAUCACACAAGGGGAUAUACACCAAACCAUUUCCCUAGAGCGUGAUACCUCACUCCCCAAAUCACCAGCGGCCGAAUCGUCAACCCGCGCCAACUGACCUACAUUUUGACUUGAUGUAGGUUCCUGCCAAGGCAGACCCCAAAUUAUGUCUUACGAAUGCAUAGGUUCCGGAGUUUUAUUUUGCUGCAUGAUUAUCUUUUUCUUUGUUCCCUACAAUAGCCUUUGUAUUUAGUGCUUUUCGCUUUUUUCGCAGCGGAUUGGGAAACAGGGUGGGGGUGUCUAGGCUGGAAAUUUUGGUUGCUGCCAGGAGGAGCCAAAGGAUUAUUUAUUCCCGUUUAUUUGAACUCUUCUCCUUCUCAAUCUGAUUCCCUAGCUAAUAUGUUCAAUACACUAUAAACUUUACC